GUAUUUCUUGUAGUAAAUACUUUCAUAUAAGAAUACUAAAUGGGUAGAGUAACAAAACAAACAUUUCCCAUUGUUGACAUCUAGCAAAUACACUAUGGUUUAAUAUAAAAAGGCGGGUAGGAAAAUGUGAGACAUCAUUCGAUCUUCAUCUGUCAAUCGGCCAUCUUGGAUUUUUGUUAGCGUUUUGUUUCUGCACUCAAAAAUGUACAAAAUAACUGUUUUCAUCACUUUAGUUCUUAUUGUGAGCGUCGCGUACGCAUCCAAUCUGUCAUGUCAGUCCUGCGGGAGCGAGUGCGUGUCUGCGUGCGGAACCAGACGCUUCCGCACCUGCUGCUUCAACUACCUUCGCAGGAAACGUGGCCCUGAUGCUGUUAAGUUUCCAAUUCUUCAAAGCAACAGACAGAAAUUUCCAAUUUUUGUCUCCGAAGAGCCUGAUUUUUGGAGUACCGUGUCAAACGAUUAUAAACCUAGCUACCUUGAUGAUAUGAUUGAAAACGGACUGCAAGGUUACGAUGCAUAACCUGUGAUAUUUUGCUAGGGAUGGUCUGCUCUAUAAGUUUUAAUUAUGGUGAUUGAAAUACCUAUAUAGCUGCCUAUAAAAGAAAUGUUUAUAUUGUAACUAUGUUAUCAUAAAAAUGUGUACAUAUAUUUUGUAUAAA